CUCGUAAAACUAUCGAUUGUGCUAAAACGUCGUAAAACGUUAUCAAAUAUUUAUACAAUUAGAGUCCGAUAGCGGUUUUGUAAAAGUUUUUUUCCGUUUUUACGGCCUUUUGAUUGGCAGUCGAUAUUGUGAAAUUAUAUUCGAUAUACGUGUUGUUAUCGUUACUCACUUAUAACAGAGUUACAUAGAAAAGUUUAUAAAAUACUGCUACUUAAACGGCAAAAUACUUGUGACUUAAAUCGCAUAUUAGAGGUCAGGCAACUACAAAAUUGCGCCCUUCUGUAUAAAAAGGUGUGAUUCAAGACGUUGACGCUUACGAUGCUAGGAAUUGCAUUAGGACCCAAAACAACAUGGCCGACUCGACCGCAUCUCCGCCAGGCCUGGACCUUGUUAUUUGAGACAUAGAGGCCAAACUCCAACGGCCCAAGCAAGAAGCGAUGUUGAAAGACAGAGACGCGGUGGGGUCGCCGGGGGUGCCGGACGAGUGCGCGGGGUGCGGGGGGCGGAUACAGGACAGAUACUACCUGCUGGCGGUAGACCGCCAAUGGCACGGCUCCUGUCUCCGCUGCUGCGAGUGCCGGCUGCCCCUCGACUCGGAGUUAACGUGCUUCUCGAGGGACGGCAACAUAUAUUGCAAGGAGGACUAUUAUAGAAUGUUCUGCGUGAAGCGCUGCGCGCGCUGCGGCGCCGGCAUCACGGCCAACGAGCUGGUCAUGCGAGCGAGGGACGCAGUCUACCACCUGACGUGCUUCUCGUGCGCGGCCUGUGGGAGUCUGCUGUCUAAGGGGGAUGUGUUCGGGAUGAGGGAUAAUUUGGUGUACUGCCGGCCGCAUUAUGAGCAGGACUAUGAUGAUGAUAGCGUCUAUAGAUGCCAAGAAAUGGACAGCGAAGGCUCUCCCUCCCAAUUCUACGGCGGCCCGAGCCAAAAGGGGAGACCUAGGAAGAGAAAACUCGCCCAAUCACCAGACGACAUGCAAGUUCAGACCAUGAGGAUGGCCAGUACGGCGCUAGAGAUCCUCCACCGCGGCGAACUAUCCUCCUCCAUGGAGUCCCUGGCGUACGACUCCGGCGCAGCGUCCCCGGGCUCGGUGAGCAGCGCGCGCACCAAGCGCAUGCGCACCAGCUUCAAGCACCACCAGCUGCGCACCAUGAAGUCCUACUUCGCCGUCAACCAGAAUCCUGAUGCGAAGGAUUUGAAGCAGCUGGCGCAGAAGACAGGGCUUUCCAAGAGGGUGCUACAGGUAUGGUUCCAGAACGCCCGCGCUAAAUGGCGCCGCAACAUAAUGCGGCAAGAGACGAACCCCACCCCCCACUCCAUCCAGCCCCCCACCCUCAUGCUGGAACUGCAGACCCUCGACGAGAACCACCAUCCUGUGCCCUUCACCGACAUGUACUAACGAAUGUGGGCAAAGACCAUGAUGGGGCUAAGUUGAAUGUGUAACCGAGCAUGAGUAAAACGUGUGCUUAAAAAUAUAAAAAUAUCGGCAAUAUUGUGGGCAAAGAUACAAUUUUUGGGGACAAGUUAUGGGUGUGUCUGUCUGAAUGUCAUGUUCAAGCUUACGAGCUGUGUGAGGCAAUGAAAGCCUUUAUUACAAAACGUUAUGUUUUAAGUUGUUCUAAAGACGGAAUCUUUUGCCACACAUUUUCGUUCAAUUCAGCCGAGGUUUUGUAACAUUUUUUGAAAAGUUACUGUAUUC